GUUUGGUAAGUGUGGGUGAAAUAUUUACAACUGAUGUCACUCCUUUAUUCACUGAAAUAUAACACGGAACUAGAAAACUGGUGGAGGGAGGGAGCGCUGGUGGAGGGAGGGUAGAGGAAGGGAGUGGAGGGUGCAGAGUGUCAGGAAGAGGAAGAGCGAGAAUGUUGCAGGGAAAGUACUGGUCUGUGCUGCGUGUGGGAAGUGACUUUAGUGGCGGCGUGAAGGCGAGGACACGAGUGAGGUGCUGGCAGGCUGACUGAGCGCAAUGGACCAACACGAAUAGCUGGAGGUCGGGGGACAGGCGCGCGCGAAGGCAGACGGCGACAGAUUCGUGACUCAAAACAAAAGCAUCGUGACAGCACAAGUGGGAGCGUCCGUCAUUCUUCACUGCAAGACCUCAAGUGCGACUGGCGGCCUGAUUUUUUUUAAGAAUACGCUGCUCUGAGGCAAGCACUGAGAAACCAGGAAUGUCAUGGCCUCCAAUACGAUGACUGGUGAGGUAAACAAGUUAUAAGUCACUCGUGAUGGCGCAGGCGGCGAGUGGAGGCGAGGCUGCCCACCGCAUCCAUCCUCUGAGUGGCAUUAGUGCAGGAGUCCUUGUCUCAUCAGCCUCGGCCUCCACAAACACGGGCUGCUUUAACACUUGUGAAUACAAGGCAAAAAACAUGGUGUCUUGGAUCAGGAAGAGGGACUACCAGCUCCUGACGGUGAUUCUGUACACACACUCCAGUGACGACCGCUUCUCCAUCAACUACGUGCAUUGGCAAACCUGUGUGGGCUCCCAGACAGAUGAGUGCCGUGUGCUGAGAGAGGCAUGGCAGAAAGUGGUGCUGAGGUCCCCAUAUAACUUAGUGAACUCCUACACUGAGGGACUGGAGAAGGUCUUGAAUGACUCCUCCAGAAUCAAGGAACUGCCAGUCCAGUACAUCACAGGAGGCAUUGCUAUUGGGCUGCAAAAAAAAUUCACCUUUAGGAAGUUAUUUGACCGCAGCCUUCAGAAGAUGCAGGAGUCAAGCCUGAUGAACAAGCUGAGGUCCAAUUGGCUAUCAGCAGGAACUUCAAUGUGUGGCAGGAAGACUAAAUUCACAGCCAGCCUCUCUGAUGUGGCUGCAAUCUUCAUCCUCUUGAUGGGUGGUGCAGCAUUUAGCUGUCUGCUGCUGCUGCUGCUGCUGCUGCUGCUGCUGCUGGAGUAUGCAGUGGAUAAUGAUGCAUGUGUAAAACCAUGGCCCAUAUUCUGAAGCACUCUGCUCUCUCACUAUGACCAUUUUCAGAGUCCACAUAGAUGAUUAGCUGGGUUCUCAAGAAAGAUUUCUCCUGUUGAUAAAUUUGAAAUCUUGUUAAUUUGGCAUUAGACCUGCAUAAGUACCUCAACACACAUGUAACUUCAUCCAGAGCCUUUUAAAAGCAGUGGAAGUGAGGUUUAGUAGUGUUUCAGAACAUUACUCAACAUACCUAAAACUCAAAAGCAUAUGAACCGAGUGACAAUCUCACACAAGGAGGCCACGGCAAAGUGCAUAACAUAACUUAAGAAUUGAAAGUCUCAUAUAUCCUGCCAUGUACAUAAGAGUAUAAUGGAAGCUGCAAGACUACACAAGGCAGGCAGUCCCUCUAUAAAGCAUAUUAACCACACAUACAGAUACAUGCAAGACAAAUAAGCAGACAAUAAGUUCUUGGGGUUUGCUGACCUGAAGGAACUGCAGAAAAUAACAAGAAACAAGACACCUACACUUUUUUUUUUCUGUACGAGGGACACUGGCCAGGGGCAAAAAAAAAAAAAAAAAAAAAAAAAAAAAAAAAAAAAAAAAAAAAAGUGUCCGAAGCAGUAGUCAAAAAUUGAAGGAUAAGUGUCUUGAAACCCCUCUAUUGAAGGAGUUCAAGUCAUAGGAAAAUGGAAAUACAGAAGCAGGCAAGGAGUUCCAGUUUACCAGAGAAAGGGAUGAAUGAUUGAGAAUACUGGUUAACAUUUGCAUUAGAAAGGUGGACAGAACAGGAUUGAGAGAAAGAAGAAAGUCUUGUGCAGCGAGGCCACAGGAGGAGGGAAGGCAUGCAGUUAGCAAGAUCAGAAGAGCAGUUAGUAUGAAAAUAGUGGUAAAAGACAGCUAGAGAUGCAACAUUGCACUGAUGAGAGAGAGGCUGAAGACAGUCAGUUAGAGGAGAGAAGUUGAUGAGACAAAAAGCUUUUGAUUCCACCCUGUCUAAAAGAGCAGUAUGAGUGGAACCCCCCCAGACAUGUGAAGUAUACUCCAUACAUGGACGGAUAAGGCCCUUGUACAGAGGUAGCAGCUGGGGGGGGUGAGAAAAACUGGCGGAGACAUUUCAGAACACGUAACUUCAUAGAAGCUGUUUUAGCUAGAGAUGAGAUGUGAAGUUUCCAGUUCAGAUUAUACGUAAAGGACAGACUGAGGAUGUUCAGUGUAAAAGAGGGGGACAGUUGAGUGUCACUGAAGAAGGGAUAGUUGUCUGGAAGGUUGUGUUGAGUUGAUAGAUGGAGGAAUUGAGUUUUUGAGGCAUUGAAUAAUAUCAAAUUUGCUCUGCCCCAAUCAGAAAUUUUAGAAAGCUCAGAAGUCAGGCAUUCUGUGGCUUCCCUGAAUGAAAUGUUUACUUCCUGAAAUGUUGGACAUCUAUGAAAAGAUGUGGAAAAGUGCAGGGUGGUAUCAUCAGCAUAGGAGUGGACAGGACAAGAAGCCUGGUUUAGAAAGUCAUUGAUGGAUAAUAAAAAGAGAGUGGGUGACAGGACAGAACCCUGUUAAUAGAUUUAGGAGAAGGAAUGGCCUAAGUUAAUGCUUAAGAAGUUUUGAAAAAGGAAAAAAGGUGACUGGGACGUGAGAUGUGAAUGCAAGUGAAUGGCAACGUGGGGAAAAAAAUAUAAAAUACCGUGAGCUGCUCUUUGCAAACACUUUAAAAAAGAAAAAAAAUUAUUUACCAUUCUACUGGAAAAGAAAAUACAAGACUAUAAAAGAAUGACUGAUUACAUGGCAGUGUGUGUGUGUGUGUGUGUGUGUGUGUGUGUGUGUGUGUGUGUGUGUUUGUGUGUGUGUCUAUGUGUGUGUGUGUGUGUGUGUGUGUGUGUGUGUGUGUGUGUGUGUGUGUGUGUGUGUGUGUGUGUGUGUGUGUGUGUGUGUGUGUGUGUGUGUGUGUGUGUGUGUGUGUGUGUGUCUGUCUGUCUGUCUGUCUGUCUGUCUGUCUGUCUGUCUGU